GCCGCGGUCAGCAUGACGAGCUUCGCCGACGUCUUCUGCCCGUCGCUGCCGGCGGCGGCUCUCAUGGCCGAGUACCAAGACGGUCUCUUCUUGGACGUCCGCGCGUACAUGGAGGACUUCCGGCGUCAUGUCCGUGAGCACACGACGACCAAGCCGCAAGGCUACGAGCAGCUGCACGACGAUGGGCAUGCGUGCACCUUUUUAGCAAUGGAUCGCGCGGCCAUGAACGGGUUUCUGGACGUCGUCCGCUUCGUGCACGCGCAUCGCAGCGAGGGCUGCUCCCGCUCCGGCAUGGUCCUCGCCGCGGCCAACGGGCACAUGGGCGUGGCGCUGUAA